GGGGAUGAUGAUAUCCUCUUGAUCAUCUUUUACUCUCUUUCUUUCUCUUUAACAAGUUUCAUUAUUUGAGAACUCUCCUUUGAUUCGGUUUUAUACAAUUAAAUUGUAAUUUAUAUUGUUUGUUUGAUUUACGAGGUAAUAUCAACAAUCAGCGAAAAUGGUUAACUUCACCGUAGAUGAAAUUCGUGAAAUGAUGAACCGUAAACGGAGCAUCCGAAACAUGUCGGUUAUUGCUCACGUUGAUCACGGUAAAUCCACUUUAACUGACUCCCUUGUUUCUAAGGCUGGUAUCAUCGCCGGUACCAAGGCUGGUGAAAUGAGAUUCACUGAUACAAGAAAAGAUGAACAGGAAAGAUGCAUCACCAUCAAGUCUACUGCAAUUUCUAUGUACUUCGAACUUGAUGAACCUGAUUUGGCUUUCAUCAAAGAGGAAUCUCAACGAGACAAGGAUGUUAAAGGUUUCUUGAUUAACCUUAUUGACUCCCCCGGUCACGUUGACUUUUCUUCUGAGGUUACUGCUGCUCUUCGAGUAACUGACGGAGCUUUGGUCGUUGUUGAUUGUGUUUCUGGUGUAUGUGUCCAAACUGAAACUGUAUUGCGACAAGCUAUCGCUGAACGAAUUAAGCCUGUUCUUUUCAUGAACAAAGUUGAUUUGGCCUUAUUAACCCUUCAACUUGAUGCUGAAGAUCUUUAUCAAAAAUUCACUCGUAUUGUCGAAAAUGUCAACGUCAUCAUCGCCACUUACGCUGAUGAUGCUGGUCCAAUGGGUGACAUUAAAGUUGACCCAUCCAAGGGUAGCGUUGGUUUCGGUUCAGGUUUACAUGGCUGGGCUUUCACUCUUAAACAAUUUGCUGAGAUUUAUGCUGAUAAAUUCAAGACUGACCCACAACGUUUGAUGACCAAAUUCUGGGGUGAAAACUUCUACAAUCCUCAAACUCGCAAAUGGUCUACCAAGCAAGAUGUUGGCUAUGUUCGAGGUUUCUGUAACUUCGUUUUGGAUCCUAUCUACAAAGUUUUUAAAGCUAUUAUGGAUUUCAAGAAAGAUGAAAUUUCUAAGCUUUUAGAAAAAUUAAAUAUCGUUCUCAAGGGUGAUGACAAAGAAAAGGACGGUAAGAACUUGUUGAAAGUUGUUAUGCGAACUUGGCUCCCUGCUGGUGAUGCUCUUCUUCAAAUGAUAGCCAUUCACUUGCCAUCUCCUGUAACUGCACAAAGGUAUCGUAUGGAAAUGUUGUAUGAAGGACCUCAUGAUGACGAAGCCGCUGUUGCUAUUAAAAAUUGUGACCCCAACGGACCAUUGAUGAUGUACAUCUCUAAAAUGGUACCAACAUCCGAUAAGGGUCGUUUCUAUGCCUUCGGUCGUGUUUUCUCUGGUAUUGUUGCUUCAGGUCAAAAGGUCAGAAUUAUGGGACCAAACUAUAUUCCUGGUAAAAAAGAAGAUUUAACUGAAAAAGCCAUUCAAAGAACUGUUCUCAUGAUGGGUCGUAACGUUGAGCCAAUUGAAAACGUUCCCUCUGGUAACAUUUGUGGUUUGGUAGGUGUUGACCAGUUCUUGGUCAAGACUGGUACCAUUACCACCUUUAAGGAUGCUCACAACUUGAAAGUCAUGAAAUUCUCAGUCAGCCCUGUUGUGCGUGUUGCUGUUGAGCCCAAAAACGCAGCUGACUUGCCAAAACUUGUUGAAGGUCUUAAACGACUUGCCAAAUCAGAUCCUAUGGUUCAAUGUAUUAUUGAAGAAUCAGGUGAACAUAUUGUUGCUGGUGCCGGUGAAUUGCAUCUUGAAAUUUGUCUUAAAGAUUUAGAAGAAGAUCACGCUCAAAUCCCCAUCAAAACUUCUGACCCUGUCGUCUCUUAUCGGGAAACUGUUAGCGAAGAAUCAGGUGUUAUGUGUCUUUCCAAGUCACCUAACAAGCAUAAUCGUCUAUUCAUGAAGGCUGUCCCAAUGCCUGAAGGUUUAGCUGAAGAUAUUGACAAAGGAGAUGUUUCCUCCAAAGACGAUUUCAAGGCACGAGCUCGUUAUUUAGUCGAGAAAUAUGAAUGGGAUGCAACUGAGGCCAGAAAAAUUUGGUCUUUCGGACCCGAAGCAACUGGACCAAAUCUUCUUGUUGAUGUUACUAAGGGAGUUCAGUAUCUUAACGAAAUCAAAGAUAGUGUUGUCGCAGGUUUCCAAUGGGCUUCAAAGGAGUCUGUUCUCUGUGAUGAAAACAUGCGAGGUAUCCGAUUCAACAUUUAUGAUGUUACCCUUCACGCUGAUGCUAUCCAUCGUGGUGGUGGACAAAUUAUCCCAACUGCUCGUCGAUGUGUUUUCGCUUGUGUGUUGACCGCUGCUCCCAGACUCUUGGAGCCCGUCUAUCUUGUUGAGAUUCAAUGUCCCGAACAAGCUGUUGGUGGUAUUUACAGUGUACUCAACAGACGUCGUGGUGUUGUUUUCGAAGAAGCUCAAAUUCCAGGUACUCCUAUGUUCGUUGUUAAGGCUCACCUUCCUGUAAAUGAAUCAUUUGGCUUCACUGCCGAUUUAAGAUCAAGCACUGGAGGACAAGCAUUCCCACAAUGUGUAUUUGACCAUUGGCAAAUUUUACCCGGUGACCCAUUGGACGGAAAAUCUCGACCUUACACUAUUGUUAUGGACACUCGUAAACGAAAGGGUCUAAAGGAAUCUUUGCCUGAUCUUGAACAAUAUUUGGAUAAACUUUAAUUAUGCUUUACUUUAAUCUAAACUGAAUUAAUUCAAUUAAAAGUAUAACCAUUGAAGGCGACAUGGUUCUCGUCUUGACAUGAUCAUUUAUCUAUAUAUACAUAUUGUAAUAAGUAAAAAUUCAAUUACAAUAUUUUAAAAAAAAGAA